GUAUGAAUCGCGUCCCGAGACCAUGGGGAAGAUCAUUUCUGCCCAAGUGAAAAUGAUGGAUGGGCGAAACCGCCAGCUCACCAUGCGCGAGAAUGGAUUUGAACUCGUUGAGCAGCCUACGGGCAUGUCUCGCCAGGAUUUUUUUGAUGACAACAUCGUGAGGCAAAAGUACUACCCCCUGUGUGUAGAAACCAUCAAGAAGGUCACUGGUGCGCCAAUUGUGAUUUGUUUCCAUCAUCUUGUGCGGGGACAUGGUACCGGGAAACCCUUUGCUGGAUUGGCCCAUGCGGACUACUCCACCUGGACUGCCACCAAUCUUCUACAAGAUACACCACCACCUGGCAUCAUGGACUUUAAGGGCCGCCUCAGUGUGAUGAACCUUUGGCGGAACAUCAACCCCGACAGCCCCAUCCAAAACCAUUUCCUGGCGUGUUGUGAUGGUGCGAGCGUGCUUGCACCUGAUGAUUUCAUUAGUGUGAGAGUCCCGACUUGGGAAGGUAAGGAAACCCACAUGUACCACAUGUGCGGCAACAACCAUCGACUCCACAAGUGGUAUUAUUACCCUCUCCAGACCGCAGACGAGAAUCUGAUCUUUAUGCAAUACGAUUCCGACCCCCAUGUGAAAUGCCGUUACACGUUCCACUCGAGUGUUUCAGUCGACGAUGGAACGCUGGACUACAAACGAGAAAGUAUUGAAGUUCGAUGUGUCGCCUACUUCCCAGAUGCUGAGAACACCUUGCCCGAUUGGACUUUACCUGCUGAUAUGCGGGUAGAUGCUGCGGUGGAGGCUUGUAAAACGCACACCAAACACGUCAAGGCUUCACCAGACAGACGAUAUCAGAUGGGAGCAGCAUCUUUUAUCAUGGCUGAUAACCACCGAGGUUGGCUGAUGGAGAUGUUGGAAUACAAUCGUCGGGUGGCACAUCAUGCGGCCUACAAGGAUCUCACGGAUGAUCAACAGGAGGAAGUAGCUGAGCGGGUGGCGAAUGAUCAGAACUGGAAGAGCUUCAUGGACGAAUGGGCCGCCACCAUGUUUGAAGGUAAAGAUCCACUGAGCGCCGCCGUGGAAUUUGUGGAGCUCCAUUUGUUAGGCUUUCAAAAGUGGGCCCCAGUGCAUCGUGACAGGACCAAGACAUCCAUCCAAGAAGGGCAUAUCAAAGAAAUGGUCACUGGAACUUGUGCACAUUUUAAGGGUCAAGAUCGGUAUCCCUUCACUACCUUAAAGGCUAGUGAUUGGCCAAGCGUUUGGAAACGUUUGCAAGCCGCAGACUUGGAAUCAAAGCUGCGUGACUUAGCGACAUCGGUUGGUACGUAGGCUCCAGAAUGGAACCGACCGGUUAAACCGGAGGUUGAAA